GAUUCUUCGCACAAAAUUUCAGUCAGUUUUCAGCAUCGGAUUCUUCGCGUAGCAGGUCCUGUCUGCCGUUCCGCGUCGUCCACACUGUGUCCAUCCAUCCACUGUCUGUCUAUCGUCGGGCGGUCCCCUCUUUUCUUCCGUGUCGCGUCGUGUGUCUGGUUGAGCACAGUUUUCCUCUCUCUGUGGUGGGUGGUUUUUUGUUUUUCAUUUUGGAGAGUGCAAAUUUUGGGGAAAAACGCAGCCUCCCGGAAAAUCUGCUGGGAAAUUACGUGAUAAAAGCGCUUGUGAAACAUGCUGCAAUAAGAGAGAAAAAUAUUAAAAUAAGAGUUCGGUGCUACCUGUGAAGCAGCAGAAGAAGAAGAUCGAGUCGCGCCGUGAAUGACGACAGAUUUUUCUGUGGAAAAAAAAGGGUUGAGGAAGAGGUGAGAAAAAGGUGCGAAAAGUGAGCCCCAACCAAGGCUGUGAAAGAUAAGCCUCUCCAAAGUGUGUGAAAAAAAAAGUUAUUGCGUGACAGGAAAAUUCUUGCAAUCGAGGCAGAGAUAACCCAUUCAGUACAACGUCAGAACCAGCUGGAACAGAGAUAAAGAGUUGCAUGUGAAACCGCGUCAUCCGUCCCGCCAGUCAGAGUCUCAAGACGGAUCAACCGCAGUGCAUCAGCAGCAGCAGCAGCAAUCCCCCGGCAGAGUGUAGUGGCAUCCCAACCUCCUGCCCUGCCCAACCUGCUGCUGCCCCAUCCUCUUCUCCCGCUGGUGAAAGCAGCAGUACUGGAGACGCCGCCGCCCCAACAGGAACAACAAAAAGUCGCAAGCGCAAACUGCAGGAAACCGCCAUGUACAAAAUGCCCGAGAUUAAGCCAAUUCCGAUGCAGUCCCUGCCCCACUCGGACGGUCAGCAGCAGCGGCAGCCCAAGACGACGCCGAUUACGGACGAUUACGAGAUCUCCAACACGGUGCUCGGGCUCGGCAUCAACGGGAAGGUGGUUCAGUGCACCAACCGGAAGACCGGUGCCAAGUAUGCACUUAAGGUCCUCCACGACAACGCCAAGGCCCGGCGCGAGGUGGAGCUGCACUGGCGCGCCAGCGGCUGCCGGAACAUCGUAAACAUCAUCGACGUGUACGAGAACAGCUACAGCGGCAACCGGUGCCUGUUGGUCGUCAUGGAAUGUAUGCUCGGUGGCGAACUGUUCCAGCGCAUCCAGGAACGCCAGGACGGACCAUUCACCGAACGAGAGGCCGCCCAAAUCAUGCAUGAGAUCUGUGUCGCUGUGAAAUACCUGCACGAUUCCAACAUUGCACAUCGGGACCUCAAGCCGGAGAAUCUGCUGUACACGUCGCCCCACCCGAACGCCAUCCUCAAACUGACCGAUUUUGGCUUCUCGAAGGAAACGUUCGUCAAGGACACACUGCAGACGCCCUGCUACACGCCGUACUACGUCGCGCCGGAGGUCCUCGGGCCGGAAAAGUACGACAAGAGCUGUGAUAUCUGGUCGCUCGGCGUCAUCAUGUACAUACUACUGUGCGGCUUCCCGCCGUUCUACUCCAACCACGGGCUGGCCAUCUCCCCGGGAAUGAAGACCCGCAUCCGGACCGGCCAGUACGACUUCCCGAACCCCGAGUGGCAGAACGUGAGCCAGGCCGCGAAGGAUCUCAUCAAGGGCAUGCUCAGCGUCGAGCCCGAGAAGCGGCUGACCAUCGAUCAGGUCAUGAAGAAUCCGUGGGUUCGGUUGUACAUGGAAGUGCCCCAGACGCCACUGCACACCGAGCGAGUGCUGAAGGAGGGUGAAGAGACCUGGCCGGAGGUGCAGGAAGAGAUGACCCGAUCGCUCGCCAACAUGCGAGUGGAUUACGAUCAGAUGCACAUCAAAAACCUGGACAGCUCAAACAACGCCCUGCUGAACAAGCGAAGAAAACGGGGCGAAACGGACGCCAAGGUGAAGAACUAAGCCGGAUCGGAUCCGAUUCUUCCGGACCACCAAGAGGUUUGUCGUACAUAACCUAUAAACCUGUAUUUAUUGACAAAAGGGCCACGGGGGGCGACGCUCCGCUCGCUCCCGGGGGCCUCCGCUGGAAAGGUUAAGAUUAGAAGAUUGGAGGCGACGAUGCAAUUACGAGUUGGCCAAAUUUCGCGCGCGAGCGAGACAGCUGAGAAAUAGCUAGAGGGUAAGAGUGAGAGAGAGAGUGAGGAGAGGAUUUGACAAUAGCAUUUUGUCGUCGUGCGCGGAUAGUCGGAUGUCGAAGAUCAUUGUAUUUGUACGGUUUUUUAUUUACAAUUCCCGCGCCCCCUCGUUUUUUAAAGACGUAACCGAAGAUGUGUUUUUUUUCGAAUUAAGUUUUUUUAACUACCAAAUAAGGUAGACAGGCACUACUUUUUAUCGAUACGUAAGACAGUUUAAGAUUUAAAGCAAGAAAAACAAUUUCCAGAGCGAGUAGCGAACAACAAUAGCAUCACUGUAGCUGAACCUAGUGUUAGUCUUUACUUUUAAGUUUAAUGAAACAAUCAUUUUCAACUUCCCAAUCAGGUUUAACAAGAGAAAUGAGGAAAUUUUAUUUCGCUGUUACCGACUUUUUUUGAGUAAUGCUCAAACAAGUUUUAGAAAACAAACAGCCAACCACAGACAAACAAGCAAAACAAA